UAUUUAUGUGAAAUGUAUGCAGAUUGCUUGAUUGAAAAAAAAGGAACAAAGUUAAACUGAAAACAAGAAAAUUGUAAAAGCCCUUCAUUCAUUAUAAACUUAUUUAUGUAGCUGACAAGAAGGAAAGGGGAAGGGUGAUGAGCUGAAACCUGAAAGCUGGAAAAGCACUGCAGAGGCAGUUGACCUCAUACUAACUCAACACAAUAACACUGGAGGUAAUAUAUGAGCCAACAAGGAUGAAACAGUGAAAGAAAUAAGAAAAUGAUGCACAUGUAAAGAAAGACAUUACUGACAGCUAAGUAUAUAGAACUCAAAUGGUGAAAAUGGUCAGCUGGAACAAGUGAAAACAUCAUUUGAAUUCACAACAUAUUCAGAAUUCAGUGGCAACUUUUCUGAGGCUGAGUUUUGUAGAGCAGUAGUCUUCAUUCCUACAUCUGCAUGUUUUAGGUGUUUCCCUACUGCCACUUGAUUUAAAUGAGGUGUUCAUUUAUGGAUUUCUGCAGAACAUUAUGGAAUCUUGGGGGAGGUAAUAAUGACCAUUUGAUGAUUUUGGACACAUCCAAAACAUGCUGCCUAGUGUUCCCUUAGGAACAGGGUUAGGGAACACUUCCAUUGGGAAAUGAUGAGCUGUUUGUAUCUCACCUGUUGUAGACGACCAUCCAAAGUACCUCCCAUAUUUGAGCUAAUGGCCUGUCACCGAGGGGCCAAGUCUGAAGCAGAUUACUGCCAUUUUACAACAGAUUUAGUCUAAUUAAUGUUGGUCAAUCAUUACCGAUAACAAAUGUGAAACAUUUACUACAGAAUGAGUAUAAAUGGGCAACGAGUAUUAUUUAAAACCUACUUUCUUUACUGAUGACUUGAGAACAUUAAGCUUUUGUUCCACUGGCAUUUGCCUCUAUCAGAUGUCUUCUGUUUUUUUUUUUUUUGGUCACAGUUAAGUGUUCCAGAUGAUCAAACAAAUGUUAAUUUUAGACAAGAUAAAGAGAGUAAACUACAGACUGAAAUUAUGAUUUCUUAUAUUGAGGGAAAAAAAGUUAUCCAAACCAAGCUGCCCAUAUGUUUAAAAGUAAUUGAAUCCCAAUCUUAAUGACUAGUUGUGCCACCAUUGGCAGCAACAAAGCCUAGAAUGUGUUUGCAGUAACUGGUGAUGAGUCUUUUUUACAUUGCUGUGAAGGAGGUUUGGCUCUCUUGUCUAUGUAAAGCCUGUCUAAGGGAACGCCACUGCAUCCCAAUUGGAUUUAAGUCCAGAACCUGACUAGACCAAGCCAGAAAUGUCCAUUUAUUUUGUUUUGUUUUGAAGAAUUUAAAGGGGGAAUUGCUGGUGUGCUUCAUUGUCCUGCUGCAUAACCCAAGUUCACUUGAGACUUAGGUCAAACUGAUGACUGGAUAUUUUUCUUCAGGGCCAGACAAUAAUUCAUACAGUUCCAUCAAUAACAACAGGCAGAAGUUGUAAAGCAGCAAAACAGUCCCGAACCAUUCCACUAUCAACACCAUGUGAAGGAAUCACUGCUCCCUGUUCAUUAGUGGUUAAUGGCUGUUACUGCAGUUCCCUUGAGCUCCAAAGGAUUGGUUAGAAAUCACCUUCUCUCCAUCUGAUGUAAAAUACUUUCUCAUGCAUUUUUGAAUUUCUUUAGAUUAGGUCAUGGUGUGUUGAUGUUUCUUUGUUGGCCUAAUGAAGUUAUAUGGCAGUGAUCAGAGCUGUUGUUUGACUUAGCUUUGCAAAAAACAUCAUGUUCUUCCCAAUUAAUUCACGAUUAAAACCAAUAAAGAGGUUUAAUUACGUUUAAUUAAAAAAUGAUUAUUUUUACUUUGUGGUUAGGUUUGCUUGGGUAGCAUUUUUUCCACUUAAUAAAUUAAGUUGGCAUUUUAAGCAGCAUUUUGUAUUUGGUCGGGCUAUCUUUGCUUGAUGAUCUAGUGGUUGCUUCUUCAAAUAAAGAGGCAACCUGUAAGAGAGAAAAUCCUUUUUACCUGACUGAAGGUUUAUUGGAGAAAACCCCCCCUUUUUUUUGCCGUUUAGCCCAAUAGAAAGUUGACUGAUAUGAAUUAAUAAAGCUGCCCAAGGCAACAUAAUAAAACUAGGGACCCCACAGUCAAUGCCUCUAUUGACAUCAGUUAACUUGACUGUCAAGAAGCCCUACAGGCCCAGUAAUUCUGCAAUUUUCUGCCUUCUAAUAACGCAAAGUGAACAUUUCCAUAUUUGCAAUUACCUGUACGUAUUUGAUAUUAUCCAAAUUCUUCUUUUGGUAGAUUAAAACGUGGACUAAUUUCCGUCUCACGGAGAUUGAACUGGAAGUGGACUCCAAGCGCCCGGAGCAUCACUUCUGUCGGGUUUCACCACACGGUGGCCCCCCUGUCUCUCCUUCCCGACGCUCCUCCUCGCCUCCGCCGCCACCAUAAAGCUCAGCCUCCCUCCACCAACACCACCACCUCCUCCUCCUCCUCUGCCUCCCUCAGUACUUCCACUCUUCUCAUCCCGUCUCCCCUGCUCGCUCGCUCGCUCAGAGCCACAGACGCUCCUCCAGCUCUGUGCAGCGCGGCGUGCGAACAUGGUCGGCGGCUCCUGUGCUCGCAAGCUGGCCCGUCGGUCUCGGUCCGCCCUGAUCGCAGCCCUCACCGUGCUGCUGGUGCAGACCCUCAUUGUGUGGAACUUCAGCUCCCUCGACUCCGGCGAAGAGCGAGAAAACGCAGGCUCCAGCGUGCGAGAGAAGAGGGACCGGGUGGCGGGCAGCAGAGCCGCCGGCAGCGAGUAUCUCCAGCGCGGAGACCAGCAGCAGCGGCAGCCCGGCCAGCAGCAGCAUCUUCCUCCUCCGGGGAGGGGGACGUCUCGUCACAUACAGCAGCCGGACGGGUAUUACUCCCACCGGCCGAAGGAGAAAAGCAGAGUUGACAGCAACAAUGAGAACUCGGUGCCGAAAGACUUUGAGAACAUAGAUAAUAGUAAUUUUGGUGCCCGUUCGCACCGGCAAUCUGUAGGCGCCACCAGCAGCAAGCAGCGGGAGCGUGUGCAAGGGAAGCCCCACACCCAGCAGCAGGCGUGGCACGACAGCUCCCCCAGACUGGGCCGCAGCUCCAAUGAGAUUUUGCCCAUAGGCCACCAGUCCCUAGAACUGGGAAACAAUGCCUCCUAUCCUGGUGGCCAGGGCAUCGCCGGAGGCCUGCAGCAGCAGCACACUCGUGCCUCACUUGACCAGCCUGGCCAGUCCCAGCACAGACAUCAGCAUCCACACGGGAAGCAGGCGACUACACCAACACUGGAGGUGACGUACGAUCAGCCGCCGCAAUGUGAGAUCAGCGGCAAGGAAGCCAUUUCUGCCCUGUCCAGAGCCAAGAGCAAGGAGUGCCGGCAACAGAUUGCUGAAGUCUACUGUAGACACAAAGAGGGCCAGCUAAUGCCUGAUGCAGUAACUCGUUAUUGCCCUAUUGAAGGUAAAGCCAAUGUGAACAUCCAGUGGGAUGAAGACUCUGUGGAGAGCUUUCCAUUGAAACCAGUGAGAAUAGCUUUUGUUCUGGUGAUUCACGGACGAGCCUCUCGCCAGUUCCAACGUCUCUUCAAAGCCAUCUACCACACCUCUCACUUCUACUACAUCCACGUCGACCAGCGCUCCAACUACCUGCACAGGCAGGUGCAGGCCCUCGCUUCUCAGUAUCCCAACGUGAGGGUGACGCCCUGGCGCAUGGCCACCAUCUGGGGGGGAGCCAGUUUGCUGACCAUGUAUCUGCGCAGCAUGGCUGACCUGCUGGCCAUGAGGGACUGGAGCUGGGAUUUUUUCAUCAAUCUCAGCGCUGCCGACUAUCCUAUCAGGAACAAUAACCAGCUGGUGGCGUUCCUGUCCAAGUACAGAGACCUGAAUUUCAUUAAGUCCCACGGCCGGGACAAUGCCAGGUUCAUCCGUAAGCAGGGUCUAGAUCGUCUCUUCUAUGAGUGUGACACUCACAUGUGGAGGCUGGGUGACCGAAAAAUCCCAGAAGGCAUCUCUGUGGACGGCGGCUCUGACUGGUUCCUCCUCAACCGCAUGUUUGUGGAAUAUGUGAUCAACUCCAAGGACGAUCUGGUCACCAACAUGAAGCGAUUCUACACGUACACGCUGCUGCCUGCUGAGUCGUUCUUCCACACUGUGCUGGAGAACAGCGCCCACUGCGAGAGCAUGGUGGACAACAACCUGCGCAUCACCAACUGGAACCGUAAACUGGGCUGCAAAUGUCAGUACAAGCACAUCGUGGACUGGUGUGGAUGCUCGCCCAAUGACUUCAAGCCUUCAGACUUUCACCGCUUCCAGCAAACGGUGCGGCCCACCUUCUUUGCCAGGAAGUUUGAGGCCAGCGUGAACCAGGAGAUAGUGAACCAGCUGGACGCCUACCUGUUUGGACCGUUUCCUCAGGGGACGCUGGGACUGAACUCGUACUGGGAGAAUGUUUACGACGAGCCAGAUGGCGUCGCCAGCCUGUCGGACACGCUGCUCACGUAUUACCACUCCUUCACGCGGAUGGGCCUGGUGAGGGCUGCGGCCUCGCUUCAGGGGAACCUAAACGAUCACAGCUGCAGGUAUUUCCCAAUGGGCCACCCUGUGUCAGUGCAUCUCUACUUCCACCUAGACCAGUUCCAGGGCUACCUGGUCAAGCACCAUGCCACCAACCUGGCAACAAGCAAGCUGGAGAUCAUGGAGACCUGGGUGGCACCAAAAAGGAACUUUGAGCUGACCUCGCUUCCAGGCAGCACAUUCAGCCGGCUUCAGUUUGCCGAGAUUGGCACAGAGUGGGACGCUAAAGAGCGCAUGUUCAGGAACAUCGGCGGCCUGAUGGGCCCCAUGGAUGAGACGGUAGGCAUGCAGAAGUGGAACAAAGGGCCAAACGUCACAGUCACUGUGGUCUGGAUCGACCCCACCAACGUCAUCGCAGCCACCUACGACAUCCUGAUCGACGCGAGUGCAGAGUUCACCCACUAUCGUCCGCCACUCAACCAGCCGCUGCGACCCGGAGUCUGGAACGUCCGAAUCCUACAUAACUGGAGCCCUGUGGCCGAGAUUCGUUUCCUUAUCGUUCCGCUGGCCUAUAGCAAGCACCAGCCUAUAAGACAAGAGGACACGCUGAGGCUCCACAACGGGCCAGCAAAGAACAGCUACAUGGAGCAGAGCUUCCACGGCCUGAACCCGGUGCUCAACAUCCCCGUCAGCUUGGCUUACGUGGAGCAAGCCAAGAGGAACGCGGCCCUCACCGGACCGGAGCUCGAGGGCUGGGUAGACGGCCUCGUGGGAGAGCUGUGGGAGGCCGCCGACAUCUGCGCCGUUGGCCUCACCGCCUGCCCCGUCAUGCAGCCCUGUGCCAAGAGCCCUUGGAGCUCCAUGAGCCCGGAUCCCAAAUCCCAACUGGGAGCGCCGCACCCCGACGGCCGCAUAAGGUAGCAGCGAGGCCUCCAGCUGGACGGGAGGCCGUGACACUUUGGUUUUAUUUAUUCGAGAGGCUUAUUGCAAGGGGUAGGGGGAGGGAGGAAGAGGAGAAGCUCUUCCUCUGCACCUCUGAGCAGAAGCAAAUGAAAAAAGGUGGCGUCCAUCAGCGUGCUGUGGGUAAGGCUGUCUUAAAAGCGAGGGGAAGCAUUUCUCUGAACCUCCCACAGAGUUUAUUCCUUGAGGGGAUUUUGCUGGCUUUGCUAUUUCACUUUCUCAGUGUAUUUAUUUUUCUUUUCAUGGCUGAGUUUUACUGUGAUAAAACGUUGCAAUUUUGGAGCUUUUUACUGUGCAGCCCAAUGAAUUGCGACGCCCUGCUUUUGGGCUGUGUGGCCAUGCGAGUCUGAACUGUCGACACUGCUGCAACGAAGCCUUAGUGGGAAGAGAUUCACCAGGAGGUAGCCGAGCACUGAUACAAACCUGGCUCCUAAAACCUCAUCAACAGAAACACUAUGACAACAACUGACCGAUAAGCACCCCUAAACAGAUUAGUAACAUUUUGUGACAGCUCAGAUUUUAUUUAUUAGAUAAACACACCAGCCCUUAUAUCUAUCUAUAUAGAGGCACCCCUGGUAAGGAUAUGUAAGAAGCCUUAAAAAAAAAAAAAGUACAUCUCUUACUGGAGUAAUAUAAUCUCCUGAUGAAAAAUUUUCCAAGUGUGUUUUUGGAUAUUUUUAUUUACCUCUUUACCAUCCCCCUCACUCUGCAUGUUAGCAAUUUAAGCUUUGCUUUUCAUGCAACCUUUUUUGUCACACUACCAGCUGUUUUAAGCUUUUUUUAUUUAUCACGCCGACUGUAGACAUGAGGGUCGUCAUGAUGGUAAAGUUUCAACUCAACAACAUUGAAUAUCAAUUUUUGAUUGUAAAAGCAAAGGAUUCCUUGUAAUACAGAUCAAAAGUAACGAAUUGCUCCUCGGCAAUAUUUCUCAUUGUACACACAACCGAUAAAUAAUUAGUAAUUCAAAAAAAAAACAAACUUUUAUUUAAGUUUUUUUUUGUUUAGCAAAAACUAAACUAGAACACCUAAAAAUGCAAAAGUGUUUAAGGAAGAAUUCAGAAUUCAUCCGUGCAAUCAAUUGGAAGAAAAAUGGUUUUAACAUUGUAAUCCAGGAUCUGAAUGGAUGUUCUGGGUUUUUUGCUCUUUCACCAUUUCGUACCAAACUCCUUACUAACUGGGAGCUUUUCUGAUCUGCAAAAUUAGCAGAUUUUUAAACUUCCAGCAGCACAUUGUUUCAACCUGGAUAGUUCAGGUGAGCCUCAGCAGGAAGGGGAGGGACUGAGUGUCUGCAUUUCCACAGCGCUGCUGUGCGAAGUUGUGUGCCAACUUGGGGACAUUAAAGUUGCUCAGUUGGUAUCUGCUGUGACGCAAAUAGCACCUAACUUCCUUUUUUAUGUUGAUCAUAUUUAAAUAUUGUUUAUCUUGACAAUCCAUGUAGACAUGGACAGCCUUAGGCAAGUAACACAUCUGCCUUACUUGGUUUGCAUUUUGAACAGUCAGGCCAGAAAUUAGUCUUUCUAACAUCCCAUUUACCAAGAUAAAUUUCCAGACUUUAUGAUCAAUUUUAAAAAGAAGUAAUGAAAACUUAUUCAGUUUCACAGGGAUUUAAUUUAAUUUUUAAAUUUGUAUUUUUUUUUUCUUUUCUUUUUACCAGGGGUGCCGAUUAAUGUGUGGGGCGCUGUAAAAUCACACAUUUCUGCAGUUGAGUGCCUGAUUAGGUUUCAGAGCAGCUGUGGCUGGUUUUGUUUUGUCGGGAUAAAAAUGCCUUUUUUGAAUAAUUAGUUAAUUGGAAAAAAUAUAUAUUACACACAAAAAACCUGCUUGUAGACAUUUGUAAGUUGUGUUACUUUGUUUUUAGAUUUAACAUUUACAUAGAUUAGACUCUUUUUUUUUUUAUAACAGCCAGGGUUUAUGACAGGCAGAAGAGAAGAAAGUAAUAGUUUCUUCUUUUCUUAAUUCAAUCUGCCUCAAACUUGAAACUAAAUUACCUUAAGCUAACCUUAAAAGUCUUGUGCUUGUUGAGUUUAUUCCAGUCAUUUCACAACACCUACUGUUGUACAUAAUUAUUCAAGUAUCUUCAAAAUUGUAUGAGUGAGGAAGAGGUAUUGUUAUUUAUUUCUAAGUUUAUAUUAAUACUGAUAUUUUUAGUCAGUGACUAAAUAACUGCAACGCUGCCUUGGCAGCAUGAUGAGUAUUUUUUUGUAAUGAAAGCCGCCUUUAUUUACAAAGGCCAUCACCCCGAACUUAAUAUUGUACGUUUUUAUGGCCCGCACUUGUGUGUGUGUGUCUGUGUUGUCCUGUCUGAAUAAGACCUUCUCGUCCCGGUUUCUUUCAUGGCUGUUUUCAGUGAAGCUCACAAGAGAAAAACGGUGCCUGAACUUUUUAACAUUUUGUCAUGUUACAAGCACAAACUCUUCUACAUCGUACUAUUAUGUUAGCCCAACACUUUGCAAUGCUCAGUUACGAAGUGAAAGGAAAUAAGACGCUUGAUUUUGUUUUAUGUCUGAGAUUGAAAUAUUUGCCUAUUUUUUUCAACGUAGCUCAGGCCGCAGGGCUCUGCAUAUUACAGUCUGUGACAAAUACUGCGCCAUGUCUCCACAUACUUGCUUUAAUCAUGUGAUUCCCAAUAGACAUCGUCUUGUGUUUAAUAAUAUAAAGUUCAACCUAUCUGUCCACACAUAUGGGCCAGCUGGCGCCAUGUUUAAUUUUUAACAGGAAGUUGUUGUUAUUUUUUAAACAUUCUGAUUGGCUGAUAUAGGUUUUAGCUUUGCGUUACACUGCCCCCUAUGGGUUUGGCAUGUUUAAAGCAACGUCCAGUGGCGUGUUUGUGCAGGUUCACGUGAAUGAAAGCUUUUCUGAAACCGUUCCUGUGCGUACAAGGCCCCAGAUUGAAUGUGGAGUAUCUGUGAACAACCAUUUUUGAGUUAUUCUACAGAUUCUCAAAUGGAUUUAGUCCUGAACUUUGACUGGGCAAUUUUAACACAAGAAUACGCUUUGAUUGGAGCAGAGCCAUUGUAGCUCUGGCUAUAUGCUUAGUCGUUGUCCUGCUGAAAGGUGAGCAUCCAGCUCACUUUUUAAGUGUCUCGCUUCCACAAUUUAGCAUCUUUUGAGCAAAUCCUACUAAGUUAUUUGUCUGUAGCGAAGAAAAGCACUCUCACAAUGUUGUCUCUUAAUUUUGCUUUCGUCCCACCCAGAGCUCCUUUCUCCACACGUUUGCAACGUUCCCUAUAUAACACAAAUGCCACUUCUUAAACGAGCUUUCUCCUUUCCACUGGUCCAGAUUUGUUUCCACUUCACAGUUUUUCAUUUCUUUGUGUUGCGUUAAAUGUUAAUUAAAUACAUUAUAGUUUGUGGUUGUAAUGUGACAAACAUGGAAAAAGUUUAAAUCUUGCAGAGCACUGCAUCUGUAGGAAAAAUAGAAACUGUCCUUAUAAGCAAAUACUCUGGACAACGUGUGGACUUGAAGGAGAAACUGUGUCUUUUGGUGUUGUUUCCGAAUGACAGUGAGUGGUUGUAGUUUUCAUGCUGUGACAAAAAAUGUACAAUUUCAAGUGAAUAUUAUAUUGUAUAUUGAGUGCAAAAAAUGAAUAAUUUAUUAGACAUGGCACCUUGUCAGCUCUGCUCUCUUUAAAGUACCUUUUCUCUCAUCAAGACAAUCUCCGGACACUUGCGUCAACUUAACCACACUCGGGACGGCAACUGAUCCUGAACAAGGAGUUCAGUCACAUAUUUGCUUUACCUUGAAAAACAGUUUCAUCUGAAGCCAAUUAGGUUUUCAAUCUGUGAUUGUCAGCAUUGUUUAGUCAUCACAUGAGCUAAAUGAGUGGUUUUGCACAGGCUAAUGAAGAGACAUUACUGUUCAUUAACGUCAAGUUCACCUUGCCUCUCUGUCAGAUGGGCAGGAUUAUAACUGCUGUCUCUCUUCCCUUUCAAAUCGACUGUUUCUGGUGUGAAACGUCCUCAUUCUGACCGCCGUGCUCUGAACCGCUGCGUCACACACACACAGUACUUAUUACGCUGUAAGCUCAUUGGCAGGUUUGGAUAAAAUUAAUUCAAUGUAACUUAAUGUGAAAAGUCAUAUUUUGUAACAAAAUGAUUAACAAAUGAAGAUGUACUGUAUAUAGGUAUUUUGUAUUGAAAUGUUGUUUCAAAAGAACACCAUUCGUGUAAAUACAAAGGUGGCGAAUUGACACUGAAGUGUGAAGAGUUGUUUUUUGUUUUUUUCCAAAGUGUUGCUAACUGGACAAAAAGAGUGAAUUCAGUGUUUUAUCAAGUAAAAGACAUAAGAUGUUUCAGUAUUUCCGACUGCUGAGAAAAGGCAACCUUUGCCUAUACGUGUCCCAGAGAAUCCAGAUUGUUGUUGUUCUUGCUGGAAUGUAUUGUUGAGCAUCUGUUGCACAAAUAUCUCUGACUCAUCAUGUCCCCCGUGUUAUUUUAUUCAGAGAGGCUCAGUGUGCCUUAGCUGAUUUUUAGAACCUUCUCUGUCCAUUACAGAAAUUUUUAUUUUUUUUUUUUCGUCUUUUUGACCUCAUGUGAAGAAAGCCAUGAGUCCAUCAAGUGAUCUAUCAGUAACUCUGACACCAAAUUGAUGUCUGCUGUUGUAUAUAUCAUCAGGCCUUCUCUUGCUGUGAUCGACUUUUCUUUCUUUUCUUUUUUUUUCUUGUUCCUCCCUUUUGGGAAUUUGUUUGAUCAAAAUGGCUUGUUUUACUUUUCUUUGACUGCUUUUUGGAAAUAAAAUUCUGUAAAACAGCAGCUCAUGUGGAUGUGUGAUGUACCGCGGUCUACAGCACUGAACCUCUAAUGAGCCGCAAUUUACCAAGAAUGGUUCUUGUUCCAACCUCUCUCUAUGGGUUGCCUCCUCCGAUCUGUGGACCUGUAGGUUAAUUGUUUCCUGUUAUGGGUCUGCAGGGUUAGCAAAUGGUGUUUUAUUUGCUAAAUGCCAGGAUCAUAAAAAAUUAUUUUGGUGAUCCUAACUGACCUACAAUGCAGUAAAUAUGUGAUAUGAACUGGAUGUAUUAUUAAAAAGGAUGGAUUCAUAGCGUU